AUCUCGGGGAUCCGGCACUCGCCUCCCUUUUCCCUUUCCGCGCCCCAUCACCAUUGCCACAAAUAGCAACCAAGGCAGUAAGCCUAGCCAAGCCAACCGACGGCGGCGAGAGUAUAUAUACACACACACCUGACGCCUCUGCUGCUGCUGGGAUCAACGCGGCAGCUUAGUGACGACGACGACUCUUCUGUCUCUGCGUUGAUUAAUGGACAGUAACAGAUCCAUGGCGACGAGCGGCGUGGCUCCGUUCGUGGCCAAGACGUACCGCAUGGUGGAUGACCCGGCGACCGACGGCGUGGUCGCGUGGGGCAGGGACAACAACAGCUUCGUCGUGGCCGACCCCUUCGCCUUCUCGCAGACGCUCCUGCCCGCGCACUUCAAGCACUCCAACUUCUCCAGCUUCGUGCGCCAGCUCAACACCUACGGCUUCCGGAAGGUCGAUCCGGACCGGUGGGAGUUCGCGCACGUGUCGUUCCUUCGCGGCCAGACGCAUCUCCUGGGCCAGAUCGUCCGCCGGAGCAACGGCGGUAAGCGCAAGGACGACGGCAACGGUGCCGGCUCCGGCUCCGCCGACGACGAGGACGCGGUAGCCAUGGAGGUGGUCCGGCUGAGGCGGGAGCAGCGGGCCAUCGAGGAGCAGGUGGCCGCGAUGUGGCGUCGCGUGCAGGAGACGGAGCGCCGGCCCAAGCAGAUGCUCGCGUUCCUCGUCAAGGUCGCGGGCGACCCGCAGGUGCUGCGCCGCCUCGUCUCCGGCGCCGGGGGCGACGCCGUGUUCGCCGCCGCGGAGCCGGAGGACGGCGCGAGCAUCAAGAGGGCGCGGCUGCUUCUCGAUGCCGGAAGCGGCGGCGACGGCGCCGUCGACUUCAGCGGGCUCUAUAGCACAACCGCCGGAAGCGAAGACGACGGCGUCGGGUUCGGCAGCGAUUACCUGCAGCCGCCACCGCCGUACGUGUUCCCCGUCAACAGCGGCGGCUACUGACUGAUGGCGGUCUGGUAGUCCAGCAUCUAUCCGAGCGAUGUGGCGUGCUUCGUCGUCGCUAGUUGCCCCUCCCGAGUGACGUGUUGGACUGAAGUGGCAACGGCGCCGACGGACGGUGAGCAACCAACCCAAGAUAAUUAGCUAGGAGGUGGUACAAAGUGUAAAGCCUUUGGUUUAGGCAGGUCUGUGGUGAUCUUUAAUUUGCUUGUUGCAAUGUUUUCCUUCCCUACCCUGUCAAGUGAAUGCUACGGAUCAGCGGCGGCAAAAGCCGUUAGCUGCAGCUAGUUUGCCGCUGCUCUUCAUACAGCUGCACGCCGUUAAAA